GGCUAAUACUUAUAAGAUGUACAUGAAGAUACGAUUCCUGCUAAUUGUUCUUUUAAAACUCAUACAGACAGACUACAUUUGUGGCCAGGACAACUGUGACCGUGGUUCGUGUUAUCCAGCUGUUGGGGACCUGAUUGUUGGUCGCAGCAAACAGCUCACAGCCUCAUCAACAUGUGGACGGUUUGGCCCUCAGAAAUACUGCAUCAUAGGCCACCUUGAGGAUCAGAAGAAAUGUUUCAGCUGUGAUUCCAGAUACCCAUAUCAUCCAGUUUCCCAGCCCGACAGUCACUCGAUUGAAAAUGUUAUCACAACUUUUGAGCCUGAUCGGAAGAAGUGGUGGCAGUCUGAAAAUGGUAUUGAUCACGUCAGCGUUCGGCUAGAUCUGGAAAGCUUGUUUCAAUUUAGCCAUCUCGUCCUGACUUUUAAGACCUUUCGGCCUGCAGCCAUGUUAGUGGAGCGCUCCAUAGAUUAUGGUCAGACCUGGAAGCCAUUUCGAUAUUUUGCUCAAGACUGUGCUACUUCGUUCCCUGAUGUUCCUUCCAGACCAGCCAGAGAAGUUGGAGAGGUUGUUUGUGAUUCGAGAUAUUCGGAUAUCGAGCCUUCGACCGAAGGAGAGGUUGUUUUCAAAGCUCUGGAUCCCAACUUUGAAAUACAAAAUCCUUAUGACCCAAAGAUCCAAGAGCUCAUUACCUUUACAAAUCUGAGAGUCAAUUUUACAAAGCUUCACACGCUUGGAGAUAUUUUACUUGGACAGAAGCAGCAAGAUCCUUUGGAAAAAUACUACUAUGCACUUUAUGAAAUGGUCGUCCGUGGAAGCUGCUUUUGCAACGGCCACGCAAGCGCCUGUGGCUCCGUACAAAAUCUGCGGGGGGAUGUUUUCCAUGAGCCUGGGAUGGUCCACGGGAGGUGCCUUUGCAAGCACAAUACGGACGGCUUGUCCUGUGAAAGGUGCAAAGAAUUUUACAGUGACGUUCCCUGGAGGCCAGCUGACGGAUCCCAGGAAAAUGCUUGUAAAAAGUGUGAGUGCCAUGGGCACUCUAAAAGAUGCCACUUUGAUAUGGCCGUGUACCUUUCCAGCGAUCGCAUCAGCGGGGGCGUAUGUGAAGACUGUCAGCAUAAUACCAUGGGACAGCACUGCGGUCGCUGCAAGCUCUUCUUUUACCAGGAUCCCCAGAGAACAAUAUCAGACCCUCAUGCAUGUAUCCCAUGUGAUUGCCACUCAGAAGGUACAUUGUACAACGGGCUAUGUGACAGUCGAACAGAUCCAGUUCUUGGAACUAUUGCUGGCCGAUGUCGUUGCAAGGAAAACGUUGAAGGACUGCGUUGCGAUAAGUGCAAGCCGAACUUCUAUGGACUGAGUGGAAGUGAUCCUCUUGGCUGUCAACCCUGCAACUGCAACCCUUCUGGGAGUUUGUCCUUCUCUAUCUGCAAUCCAGUGACUGGAGAAUGUCUGUGCCAGAAGUUUGUCACUGGGCAGCAUUGCAAAGAAUGUAUUCCAGGCUUCUGGGGCCUAGGAAGUAAUCUGCACGGCUGUUCCUCGUGCCACUGUGACGUUGGCGCUGCCCUCAACAACUUGUGUGAAACUACUACUGGUAAAUGUGAGUGUUUACCAAAUAUAGAAGGUCGUCAGUGUACUGAACCAGCUCCAGGCUACUUUUUCGUACCUUUGGAUUAUUAUAUAUAUGAAGCAGAAAAUGCAAAGCCUCUCCCUGGAUCUUCACCAUUGGAUUCAAUUCUAUUUGGCAGGAACGCUGCAUUGGACAUUGUUAUUAGAGAGCUCGUCCCUGGAAAGCCUGUGACUUGGUCAGGGCCUGGAUUCGUGCGUGUUUCAAAUGGAGCAGGAUUAAGAUUUACUGUCAGCAACAUCCCUUCUGUGAUGGAGUUCAAUAUUAUUGUUCGCUAUGAGCCUGAGUCUUUAGAAGACUGGAUAGCAAACAUUGUUGUAAAGCCUUCCAGGCUGCUAGGAAGAGAACAGUGCAGGAACAAGGCGGCCCUGCAAGAGCCACGCUCACUUCCUCUACUAUCUGCAGCAAGAAUUGGAUUGCUGCCAACCCCUUUCUGUUUAGAACCGGGGUCAGAAUAUUUUGUAGAUAUCUCUUUUUCCAAGUCGUCUGCCUCAGAUCCACAGGAUGGGUCGUCCAUCUUGAUUGACUCACUGGGGCUCAUUCCCAGAAUUGGUUCUGUGGAAAACUUGUGCAACAAGAAAGAUUUAGAGGAGUACCAGCAGUAUCGCUGUGUUGAAAUUGCUUCUGAGGUUGGCCCGCACAUCCUACCAGAAGUGUGUGCAAAACUCAUAACGAGUCUGUCUGCCCGGAUUCACAAUGGAGCCGUUGCAUGCAGAUGCCAUCCUCAAGGCUCAACGAGCUCUAAUUGUGAGAAGCUCGGAGGCCGAUGUCAAUGCAAGCCAAACGUUGUCGGCCGCUGUUGCGAUAAAUGCUCUGCUGGAAGCCAUAGCUUUGGGCCCCAAGGGUGCCACUCAUGUGCGUGUGAUCCUAAGGGAUCUGUGAGCACUCUGUGUGACCAGGUGACAGGACAGUGUUCGUGCCGGUCGGAAGUGGAUGGCCGGCAGUGUGAUCGAUGCCUGGCUGGAUAUUUCGGGUUUCCCCAUUGUCGGCCUUGCCCUUGUAAUAGCUUUGCAGAACUGUGUGACCCCCACACUGGAGCAUGUUUGAACUGCAGGGGAUUUACAACUGGAGCCAAUUGUGAAAGAUGUUUAGAUGGUUACUAUGGAAACCCUCUCCAAAGAGAGCCCUGCCACCCAUGCCUGUGCCCUGGUUCUCCUUCAAGCAAUAGGCAUUUUGCACAUUCCUGUUACCGGGAUCCUUGGACUUUGCUAAUAGUCUGCAACUGUUUGGCGGGAUACACAGGUGAUCGCUGCGAGGAGUGCCCCAAUGGGUUCUAUGCAGAUCCAAAGACCGCAGCGGGUCAGUGCCUUCCAUGCUUCUGCAAUAAUAAUAUUGAUGUGGCAGAUCCAGAAUCCUGCGACAAGAUCACGGGAGAGUGCUUAAAAUGCUUGUACAAUACACAUGGACCAAACUGCCAGUUCUGUCAACCGGGUUACUUCGGAUCAGCGCUUCGUCAGAACUGUAGAAAAUGUAACUGCAACCUUUUGGGUGUGAACCCAGGAGAAUGCCCAUCUGGAAAUGGCUUUUGCAUGUGCGACCAAACGACCGGAGCAUGUCCUUGCUUACCAAAUGUGACUGGUUCCAAGUGCGACCAGUGCGCUUCUGGCUACUGGGGCCUGGUCCAGGGGAUUGGAUGCCAGAUCUGUAACUGUGAUCCGAAACAUUCCCAAAACAAUCUGUGUGAUCAGUUUACAGGCCAGUGUUCGUGUAAAUUAGGAUAUUCUGGAAGGCGUUGUGAUGCUUGUGACGAAAACUAUUUUGGCGAUCCCCAGAUCCAUUGUAUAUCCUGCAAAUGUACUCAAGAUGGAACUCUGAAACGUGAAUGUGAUAAAGAUACCGGAAUAUGCCACUGCCGUGCUGGGGUCACUGGAAGGUUCUGUGACCAAUGUGCUCGGGGCUACCACCAUGAAUUUCCCUCCUGUUUGCGCUGCCAUGUUUGUUUUGAUCAGUGGGAUAAUGUAAUUACAUCCCUAUCUCAGCGAAUCCAAAAACUAAUGAGAUUUGCUUUGACCCUAGAAGACAAGAAGAACGUAAUCCCUGGCUGCGAUGCAGACUUCAAAGGCUAUGAAGAUACAGUUUUUGAAAUAGAAAGAAUUUUGAAAAGCCCUAUCUUGUCAUCAGACAUGUCUUUGAACAUUGAGAACUUUCGUGAUUACAUUCGACAAGAAAUUUCACAAUUGUUGCUGCGACCUGCAUCUAUGGAUCAAUUUCCUGACUUCAGCCAGAUGAUAGAAGACCUUAGGAAAGAUACCGAUCAUCUGUCAGAAUCCCUGCAGAAGAAAAUUGAGCUGUAUCAUAGUAUUAGCUGCAGGCACUGCCAAGAUUCCCUGAACGCAAUACAGAACUCGUACCAAACGACCCUGUCCGCUGGAGAGAGUGCCAACAGAACCAAGCAUCUCAUCAUCAACACAGGAAAAACUAGAGGCCUUAUCCUCGCCAUGUUAGAUGAUCUGGCCUCGAAAGAAAAUGCUAUGCUGAAGACGUUCACAACUGCAGAUAUUCAAAGUCUCAAUGAAAAGAUAUGUGGCAAACCAGGAAACGCGCCUUGUGCUGUAGCAACAUGUGGUGGAGCUUUAUGUCGAGACAAUCAGGGAAGCAAAUGGUGCGGCGGUCCAGACUGUAGCGGAGCACUUCCGGUUUCUGCAGAUGCUGUUAGAAAAGCUGGUCAGGCAGCCAUGACGUUAAAUGACACUGCCACCCAACUGCAGGAAUCUGAGAAUAAGAUUGAAAACAUCAGGAAAAUGACUGAGGAUAUGAAGAGGAACGCCUCACAGAUAAAUGGAAAGUUGGAGAAGACUAAGAACCAAAUUGAAAUGCAAAGGGACGCCGUCAAGGAGCUAGUCAAGAGAGUGAAGAACUUUCUCGUAGAGGAGACUGCCUCACCUGAAGACAUCGAGAAAGUUGCUACUUAUGUGCUGGCCAUCAGCUUGACAGAGACUCCCCAAGACCUAACAGUUGUACUUGGUGAACUCAAGACCCUCAUGACCACCUGUGAGAACUCUGCAACGUACACAGAUGUGUUAAAUACACAAAUGGAAAAGGAAGGUGACCUUUUGAGAAAAGCGCAAGAAGCAGAGAAGCGAUCAAAAGGACUCCCUGGACCUGAUGAAUUGAUAAACAGCUUGAAAGAAGCGGAAAACGUUCAAGGACAAACCAAAGAGGCCUUUGCAAAAUUAAACAGAACAAUAGGAGAAACUAGAACAAAGAUCUCACAGGCUGGGAACCAAUUAAACCAAACAGAUACGACAUUACGGGAUUUUUCCGAAAAACAGUCAGAGCUGAAAAACGAAGUAACGUCCCUGAAGAUUAAAAUACAAAUGAAUAGGGACCAAGCGACCCAUGCAGAAUCAGAGGCGGAAAAAGCAAAAGAUCAAGCUGCGGCAACUAAUGAAGAGUUUGCUAUCCUUAAAAAGAAAUAUGCCAGUUUGCAAGAAAAUCUCAAAGCCAAAGGCUUCCCAUUGGAAACCUUAGAGAAGCUGAAUAAGCUGAAAAAGGAUGCAGAGGAAUUGGCUAGAGAGACAGAAGGAAAAAUGAAAAGAAUAUCAGAUUUAGAAAAGAAGAUCCAAGAUCUGAAUCGAAUCAAACAGGACAAGGCUGAUCAACUGAAGCAACUGGCGGAUCAAGUCAUAGCCAUUAAAAAGGAGAUAACCAAGCAGUCACAUAAAUAUGCAACGUGCAAGAGUUAAGAUCUGGUAAUAUAACAAAACAACUGGAAAAUCAGCAAAGAGCUUCCUAUGACUAUAUUGUAAAGAUUUUAAAAAAUAUAUACACUGCAUUAUAACUAUAAUACAAAGGUGGUGCUACAAUGCAUUAUUCUUAAACAUGUACAAAGGAAUUCAGCCCUGCUUGUUUUAUUGGGAUGUGAUUUGGGAUUAAUAUUGCAUAGUGAGAUAUCCUUGUAAUUCUAGACUGCUGUGAAGAUGCAAGUCCUUCAAAGUUAUUUUUGUAACCCGCUCUAGAUAAUGCAGCUGUCUCAGAAUUGUUGGUUGGAUACAAUGUGUUUGAUACUAUGAACCAUGAGUGCAAGGGCACUCCCUGAUGGCGCUGUUUUCCCACUUGCUCCUUCUCCAAAAGUAUUUUGUUUGUGGGACUCCCAUGACUGAAUAUCAGAUAUUUCUGGAAGGAAGGAGGGCAUCAAAAAGACCCACACUGCCUGACCCAAUGAUCCUGUCCUACUUUUCCCUGAGGAAGUAAACCUGUGCCCGAACUGCUGUAUUUCAGACUGCAUGUUGGGAUCCACGUGGCUGAAUGACUCUCUGUACCAAAAAUAUACCCAUAAAUCCCUCCACACAGAAGACUA